AUGUCAUUACUCAAAAUCCUUCUUAUCUUGGUUGUGAUCUCCUCUUCAACCUUCCUUGCCAGCUGCUCUUCAUGGAAUCAAGCCUUCUCCGAUCCCUUCUUUUCCAACACUAUUCCAGAUUAUUUCACCAAUCACGCAUCGUGGCUCUCUCUCAAUUCACCUUCUCUUUCCGCAAUGAAACUAUCAUUAGAUCCCAAUUCCAUGCUCUUUGCUGUCAAUUCUUCUCAGGGAGGAAUUGGACAAUUGUUAAUGAUCAUGGAUCAUUCCAACUCUUCUUCAUCUUUGGAUUCAUAUUUAGCUUCCGUAUCCGCAGAAAAUGGUUUAUGGAAAAUUCUCAUGAAAUUACCAUUCCAAACACGACGACCAUUGAGUGCCAUGAAUAAUGUUCUUACGGCAUUGUAUGAUUCUGUGGGAAAUAACUAUUUUGUUGUGAGAAUGUGUGGCAGUAGUGGUGUUGAUGCCAAUUCUCCUGUUUGUUUGGUGAAAAUUUCAUUACAAAAUUUACAAAGUAUGGUUUUGAAGUUUGACAGUUCUGUGAAAAUGGUGGGAGGUCUUGUCCUGUCCAAUUCUGUGAAUACCAUUCUCGUGAGUACGAAUAGUGGAUUUUAUGGAAUUGAUAUCUCAACCAUGACCAUUCGAUUUUCAAAUGCCAUUUCAACCUCUUUAUCCUCAUUAGGAAAUGUUAUACUUGUCUCCAAUGAGGAAGGAAACGGAAUUGAUUAUGCCUACGCUACUCUCUCCUACACAGUCUAUCGAAUCAAUAUGCAAACUGGACACAUUGCUUCCAGUAUUUCCUUUUAUAGUUUCAAUGCCAUGUACAUGCAUGUUGGAUAUAUGGAAAUUCCAGGUUAUGUCACUGUCUUGAUUGUCAAUGACAAAUUCGAAUACUUUCUCUCCUCUGGUGAUUUACUGAAAAACAUUGUUGGAAAAUCUUUAUCCCUUUCCAAUUUUGGAAUGAAGGAUUGUUCCAUGCCCAUUGGAAAAUUAGACAUGGCCAUUGCCGAUCGAUACUUUUUUAAAUCGAGUGUCUUGUGUUCCAAUUAUUCCUCAAAUCCAAGUAGUAGUAGUAGUAGAAGUAGAACCAGUACCAAUACAGGAGGAGGAGUUUAUUUCCUUUCAUUUUCGAUUGGAGCUGCUCGAGUUGGUCAAAUUCCAAAACUUGGAGAACCUUACAUUCAUUAUGAAUUGAAAAAGGAUUUAAUUUUUACUCAUGAAAUUCAAAAGAAACAUGAUGCAUCGGAAAAAACAAGAAUACCCACCCAUUUGCUCGCCUCGAACGUUUAUUUAGGUCCAAUCGUGUCCGUAUCGAAGGAUCAUUCAGUAGUGGCGUUGUCUAAUCUUCAUUCCUAUGAUUAUGUCGAUUAUAUGAAUAAGGUGAUUGUCAAGACAGUUCCAAAACAAUAUGCUGCAACGACACUUGCUCAAUUUGCAUUCUAUUCAUUGGGAAAUGGAAAGUUUUAUGCGUGUACAUUGGAAUUGGAUUGUCAAGCAUUUUGA